AUGUCCCCAAACAGGCUGAAACCAAUGAUCCCCUCCCUCCUCCCCCUCCUCCUCUCCACAGCCCCCCACAUCAUCGCCCUCGCUGCCCAACCAGGCGGUCCUCUAGAAAGAGAAGAAUACACGAUGGGCAUUGCGAGGGGCCAGAUCGAGGAUGCCAUGGGACUGAUCAGCGGGGAGCUGGGGAAGAAGGAGUGGAAGGGGGUUGUUAGGAGGGUGGUGCAGGAGGAGAUUGAUAAAGCGGCGGGUGAUCAGUUUGAGCGAGAGGAUGAAGGUGUGGAUUCUGAUCAAGAUGACCAGAAAGAAGAGCAGACGAACAAGCCAAAACCCCCAGCUUCAUUCCCCCCAGAAAUAUCUCCAAUCUCUCCCUCUUCCAAAAGACCGCCCGCCUCUAAUGAUAAGAGACAACCAUUAUCUUCGAUCGGUCGGGAACAAGAACCUAUCGAGAUCCUCUCUUCCCAACCUUCUCCUCCACCACCUGAAUAUGCCAAGGAGCAUGUCCUCAUCGUAGACGAUGAAGACGACGGAUCGGAAGAAGAAGUAGAGGAAGAAGAAGAACAAGAAGCAGAGCAAGAUGCGCCAAGCCAGAUGUCUUCCGUCUACGAUACAGCCUCCCAAGCCCGGCGUGCUGCGAAAUCGAAAGCUGGCGGUACCCCGAGUCCGUCGCCAGUCAAGAAGAAGAAGAAGAGGGCUAGUCGUGGGGAUGAUGGUGAUGAGAAGAAGAGUACGGGGAGUGAUAUGAAGGAGAAGAAGGAGAAGAAGGAGAAGAAGGAGAAGAAGGAGAAGAAGGAGGGGAAGAAGAGGAAGAGGACGGUCGAGGAGGUACCUGCUUUGAGCCAAGAUGGAACGCCAAAAAAAAAGCCUGCUCCCAGGCCGAGGGCGAAGAAAGACCCUUACGAAGGCGUAAGUCCAUUCUCCCAUCCUCCAUUCUCCAUCUCCACCUCCUCAUCUUCAUCCACAAUACCAAGUGAACUCUCUGCGCAAGAGAUCAAAGUGGUAGAAUUGAAAAAGAUCAUCGUCGCUUGCGGUUUGCGUAAACAAUGGUCCAAAGAACUAGCCAACCACCCCACCCCCUCCUCCCAGAUCACCCACCUCCAAAGCAUGCUCCGGCACGAGCUCGGUAUGCGCGGGACGCCGACGUUGGGUAAGGCGAGGGCUAUCAGGGCGAGGCGCGAGUUGGCGCAGGAACUUGAUGAUGUGAAGGCGUAUGAAAAAGAGAGGGGCCGUUCUGCCGACCAGAACCAGAGAGGGAACAAGUCUCGUUCAACCUCUGACGACGAUGAAAGUACUGCAACCGAAAAGGGUGCUAUGGAGGCCGUGAUGGACUUUUUGGGCAAUGAUGAUGAUGAUGAAUCUGAUGACAAUUAA